AUGUCCGCCCAAGGCUCCAGAUUGCAAGGAAAGGUUGCCAUUGUUACCGGAGGAGGCUCCGGCUUUGGUGCCGCUAUCGCCCGCCGAUUCGGUGAAGAAGGUGCCAAGGUGCUGGUCGCAGAUAUCAAUGUUCAGGGAGGCGAACAGGUCGCUGCUCAGAACCCCGGCAACCUCAAGUUCCAGCGCAUGGACGUUACACAAAAAUCCGAGUGGACAGCUAUUGUUGAUUUGGCUUUCUCUGAGUUCGGAAGACUGGAUAUUGUGGUGAAUAAUGCCGGAACUAGCUAUCGGAACAAGCCUACCGCAGAGGUGACCGAGGAUGAGUGGGAGCGAGUGUUUAAUGUUAAUGUCAAGAGCAUCUACUGGUCUGCCAGCGUCGUGAUGCCCAAAUUCAUCGAGCAAGGCCAGGGUGGUUCCAUGAUCAAUAUCUCUUCGACUGGUGCUAGUCGUCCCCGACCAGGCCUGGUGUGGUAUAACGCCUCCAAGGGCGCUGUCACAAACGCUACCAAGGGCCUCGCCGCUGAGUAUGGUCCUCACAACAUUCGAGUCAACAGCGUCGCUCCCCUCUUGUCCGGUACCGGUCUCUUCUCCAUGUUUACCGGCAUGGAAGAUACUCCCGAGAAUAGACAAAAGUUCAUUGGAAAUGUACCCUUGGGCCGCUUGACGGAGGCGGAUGAUAUUGCCAACAUCUGUCUCUACCUUGGCAGUGAAGAGGGCCGCUUCAUUAAUGGUACUGAGAUGGUUAUUGAUGGUGGAAAGUGUAUCUAA